UGAUGCUGUGAACGGAAGGGAGUAGUGCGGACACGCGCAGAAGUGACGCGCAUGUCAACGGCAGCAUCUAGCAUAGGUGUUUUCUAUCUGCCCAGCUGAUUAUCCGAGCCGGCUUCAUUAUUUCCCCACCUACCUAGCAAUAGGAAUCCAAAAUGACGACCGCCCCGUACAACUACUCCUACAUUUUUAAAUAUAUCAUCAUCGGGGAUAUGGGCGUGGGCAAGUCCUGCUUGCUACAUCAGUUCACAGAGAAGAAGUUCAUGGCGGACUGCCCUCACACCAUUGGUGUGGAGUUCGGCACGCGUAUCAUGGAGGUGAGUGGGCAGAAGGUCAAACUCCAGAUCUGGGACACGGCUGGACAGGAGCGCUUCAGAGCCGUCACCAGGAGCUACUACAGAGGAGCCGCAGGAGCGCUGAUGGUCUAUGACAUCACCAGGAGGAGCACGUAUAACCACCUGAGCAGCUGGCUGACGGAUGCUCGAAACCUCACCAACCCAAACACAGUCAUCAUCCUGAUUGGCAAUAAAGCGGAUCUGGAGGCGCAAAGGGACGUCACAUAUGAGGAGGCCAAGCAGUUUGCUGAGGAGAACGGUUUACUCUUCCUAGAAGCCAGUGCUAAGACUGGGGAGAAUGUGGAGGACGCGUUCCUGGAAGCUGCUAAGAAGAUCUACCAGAACAUCCAGGACGGCAGUCUGGACCUGAACGCGGCCGAGUCGGGCGUCCAGCACAAGCCCUCGGCACCACAGGGGGGGCGGCUGGGUAACGACACCCCCUCCCAGAAGGAGGGCUGCAGCUGCUAGGGACACACACACGCACUGGCCCUCACAAACAAGCGUCCUUUCACCCCCUCCACACACACACACGCACACACAUGCACGCACACGCAGAAACACACAGACACACACACACGCACGCUCCACACACGUCCUAUCUGUCUGAAGUUCUAUGGGCGGCGCAAAGUCCUACAGACUUCUGAGGAUAUUGUUUUAUUCUUUUCUGGACCUCCAACCCCCAAUCUCUUUCUUUCUCUUACACACACACUGUCAGCAGGCUUCUCUCUCUCUCUCUCUCUCUCUCUGUGUGCGUGUGUGUGUGUGUGUGCGUGUGUGUGUGUGCGUGUGUGUGUGUCUCUGUGUAUGAGGGGGGUGUGCAUCAGAUGAACCUGGAGUCCUCAGUGUUGUUGGGGCAUGAGUGAUCAGUGUUGUUGGGGCAUGAGUGGCUUGUCUUUCCUUUUUAUUUGAGUUUUUUUUGUUUGUUUCGUCUUUUGUAAGACCUUUUGCUUAACUUAUUCUGGCGGUGAGGAUGGGGGGGGUGGGAGGACAGACAGACAGACAGGCAGGCAGACAGACAGGCAGACAGACAGACAGACAGACAGGCAGGCAGGCAGACAGACAGACAGGCAGACAGGCAGGCAUUAUCGCUGAAGAGCCGUUUGUGUUUUAAAGUGUAUUUUAACCCUCUGGCGCAGGCCUGCAGGAGCACAGGCCAAAUAAAAGUCUUUGUGAUGGAGAAGUAGAAGUGUACUCCUGUAACAGAUCCAGUAAUAUAUGAAUGAAGACACCUCCCCCUGAGGAGGCCCACUGAGUGUUUGCACUUUGCUGUAGCGGCACGAUGCGGUGUGGUGUGGUGUGGUGCGGCAGGACGACCCCCAGAUCGGUCGUCGGCACCGCGUGAGACGGGCGCCCUCCCCCUCCCCCUCCCCCUCCCCGCACUGGUAUUGAUCCUGAACGUUAGUCCUAAACUCUAAACCUCUUGCUUCCUGCUGUCUGGCCAUGCUCUGGUCAAUCCGGGUGUGUGUGUGUGUGUGUGUGUGUGUGUGUGUGUGUGUUACUGUAGCAUACGGAGUGUGGGUGGGUGGGAGGGUGAGCGCUCCUGUAGCAUCAGUGGUGUAUAUGACUCAUGAGGUGUGUGUGGCGUGAGAGAUGAGACGUGUGUGUGUGCCUGAGGUGUGUGAACGGUCUUGCUGUAGGAAGAUGGCUGCGUGUGUCCAAUGAGGAUGGGAAUCAGAAAGGAUCAUCUGGCAGAGGUGUUGAGCAGACACUGUGUGUGUGUUGAGUGUGUGUGUGUGUGUGUGUGCGCAUGAGGCCUACCCCAGCUCGCCACAUCACCCUCGUUUGUUUGGGUUUGCUUUAUUCGUCCCCUUCUGAUGACGUCAUUUCUGUUGCCUUAUUACGAAGACCAUUGAAUCCAGAAUUCUGUAUUUAUAAAUAGAGCGUCGUCCUAAAACCAGACGAGGAUGAUCGCCAGCGACCGUACUGGACAGAGGCAGAAUUUACCGAUGACCCCCUAGCUGCCCUCUAGAGACCAAAAGUGGUGAAUUGAUGAUGAUGAUGAUGAUGAUGAUGAUGAUGAUAUGUAUAGAAGGGCCCUGACCAAAUCAACACUACAGUCACAAACGGUUCAGACGCGUUGACCUCUAACUGAGGCAGAGGCCAGACAGGCAGGAGAUUACCACAUAUGCAUCGCCAUUCUGAAUAUUUCUAUUCAAUUUGUAUCAUGUUGUAAUAAUAGAUGUAUUUUAAGUCAUAUUGAAGAUUGAAAUAUGUGAUUCUCCAAGGAAGGAUGGAAUCCUUUUGUUUUUUAUUUUAAUCCUGUUGAUUUUGUUAUUUUUUUUCCCAUGUAUUUGUGGUCACGUAUGUGAUUCACAACAUCAAAGCAAAUAUAUGAACCUUCUGAUGAGAGAUCUGUUAGCUUUGGAAUGUCUUCUGUAAUUGGCUUUGGUUUGUAUUAAUCUUGUUAAUAAAGACCGUGAUGUACAA